AUGUCCAGCAUCGGUAUAAGGCUGUUUGAGAGAAGAUAUUUAUCCUUAUUGGUUUCUCGAUCAUCUCAUAGGACUAUAAUAAGAGCUUCGUCCUUGAUUUCCAAAAGAACAGUUAAAACCCCAACCAUUGAUUGGAACCCGCUUACAUCUUCGAAAACAAAUCUCGCAACUGCUGAAAAGCAGGCAGAAACACCAAUGUUACGUAAAUUCUUUUUAGGAUUAAUGAUUGCAAUGCCUGUUAUUAGCUUUUUCUUAGGAUGUUGGCAAGUGAAAAGAUUGAAAUGGAAGGUAGAAUUAAUUUCGAAGAGUGAAAAUUCGUUGGCACAACCACCAAUGGAUGAAAUUCCUCCAAACCUUGAUCCAUCCGUCAUUGAAGAAUUCGAAUAUAGAAGGUUUAAGACUAAGGGACACUUUGAUUACUCCCAAGAAAUGUUCUUGGGACCUAGAAUUAAGAAUGGUAUGACCGGAUAUCUUGUAGUUUGUCCUUUUGUGAGAAGUAAUGGAGGCGAACCAAUUUUAAUUGAAAGAGGUUGGAUUCAUAAAGAUAAAGUUGUUCCUGAAAAUAGGAAAGGUGGUUAUUUGAGUCACUUAGCAUAUCCACAAGGCGAGAUUGAGAUUGAAGCUCUAUUCAGAGUUAUGCCAAAGAAAUCGAAUUUACAGUUUGAUCAUGAUAUGGGAUCAAGAUUGUUCUAUGUACCUGAUGUUGAAGUAAUGGCUGAGCAAUCGCAUUCGUUACCAAUUUAUUGUCAAAUGAUCUAUAAUUUGAAAGAUAAUGUGGAAUGGAGAAAGGCUCAGCAAAAGGAAGAAAAUAAGCCUUCUUGGAAGAAUUGGCUUGGAAUAUCUAAAAAGGACAAGGACACGGAUGAGAAUGAUGAUGCAUUGUAUAUCUCUUCUAAGGCUGAUGAAGACUCGACUUUAGAAUAUCAAGAAUUUGAAUUUGUGGAACAAGGUGUUCCUAUUGCAGCUUAUCCAAAGGUUAAGCUUUCUAAUAACCAUAUGCAAUAUUUAGUAACAUGGUUCUCCCUUUCUUUCGUGAGUGCAGGUUUAUUAAUAUAUAACUUUAUCAAGAAAAGAAAAUACCUGAGUGCUGAAAAGGUUAUCGAAGCAAAGAGAAAAGAUAUGAGAAGCAAGUGGUAA